GGUAACGAUAUACACCUGCUGUGUGCGGCCCUUUCGUUCCAGUUAAAUCGUUUUGUUCUGUACUACCCUCUCAGGAUGCAAUAUCCCCGCUGGUUGUUUGUCCUAUCUAUGACAAUUGGGUCAGUGGCGGCUCAGUCAUGCCAAGUCACCAUUGACGGGAGUCAACCCCAGGAUGGAAGUCAUUACACGGCUGUAGUUGACCCCUCGUGUAGCGCCGGCGUGAUCAGGUGGAUGUACCCUACAGGAGUGUUGUGGGUGUCCUUCCAGCAGAUACAGCAGAGCUUCACACUGUGUUUACGUGGUGGAAUUGGACCGUUUUCUCAGGCUGUGUACCACUUUACAGAUACAGGUCCUGAACAAAUUACCAGCCCGACGCCAGAUGCACUGACAUGUGUCGACGCGAAGGAUGGGAAAGCCAUCAUCAAGUUUGAAGAACCGCUUUUCACAACGUUCCAAACCGUGUAUGAAUUCAGUAUUGUCCAGUAACUUUCCACCUUGUAGCCUUCUAUAGGUGUCAUUGUCAAUACCACAAUAAAUUGCUGAUAUCC